AUGAUCGAAACACUCGGUAUACGUCCUGGUAUCUCUUACCCCGGUCAAAGCGAGGGACAAACACAACAACAGCCUCGGCAGCCUCGCAGAGUACCUCCACCCCUGCCAGCCAGGUCAUCGUCCGGAGAGCCUCAAUUCUCGACAAGUCCACCAAAUCGAUGGGAGAAACCUGGCUUCAAGCCACCCCCUCCGUACUCAGAGCUCCCUCCAACUCCUCCGUACAGCGAGCAUCACGAUUCACAUUUAGCAGCACCUCCCUCCUUGUCACCUCAGCCUCCAGCGGGCGACCCUCGAUACCAUUCGCUUUCUCCAAGCCAGAGCGAAGAUGCUCUGUCAAACACUUCCUCGCCAGCUGCCAACGACGAUGAGAUCCUCCAACAAGCGCUGCAGUUCACCCGCCAUCCCGUCUCAGACUAUGCCAAGACUGCGCGUCGACUGGAGAAACCCAUCGCCAUUCCACAAGUCUCUAAGGGCGUCGGCAUGCCCUUCGGAAGAGCCUACUCCGACGCCCUGUCCGAUUACGGCAUCUCCACGCAAGAAUUCGUAGAAUUAAUCGAAUCUCAACAUUUGCGUCUGCACCGCACCCCUCAAUCUCCUCGGCGCAGCUGGCAACGUAAUCGGCGUGGUCCCCGAACCCAACUGCCAACUCAUCGGAGCCGGAAUUCAAGGCUGCGCCAGACUCGGCAAGGCCGCAAUGUCCAUAACCCGUCAAAAGCUCUUCUCAAGAAUAUCAACGACGAAUUCUUCCUCCCCAGAGGUCUCAGAGUCCAACUUGUCAAAGGCAAAGAACUCAAAGCACACCUUGGACUUCCUCCCGAGACGACGUUCGCCGCUCCUUUCCAUCCGAAUGUGCAGGUAUCCAUUCACGAGCGCAGAGUUGCGGGUGUAUCGGAAUACACGAUGCCUCUAAGGUGGGACGUUCCCGAUCCGACAGAAGCGACCAACACCCUGGAUAGAAUGAACGCGAGUGCCCAAAAGCGUCAACUCGCAAAGGAAGCAUUGAAAGCCGAAGAAAAUCAGGCAAAGCACUCCAAGAAGCUACAGAAACGACCCAAAAAUACUGACAAGCAAGAUUCUACACGCGACAAACAGCUGGAAAAGCUCGAAGAGGAUAUUUCGAAGGAAACCCGGAAGCGAGACCAGGCAAAAGCCAAAAUCCUACACGAGAAGCAGGGAAACGAUGAAGCUGAAAAGGUAGCCAAGGAAAUGGCAAAACUCGACUAG